CAACAUUUUUCUAUUGUUAUGGGGGUAAAAGAGAUUAUCUAACUAUUUUAUACUAUUUGGAUCUACCUAAUGUGUGUGUUUUCUGUUUUGAUCGUUUCUUAAAACUUGGCUUCAUAUUGAAAACAACUCCUGACUGGAAGUGGGCAGGCUUAUUUCUCAAGUCUGGUUUAUCUGUUGUGAAAAUCUUGGAAAGCAGUUGUGUUUUGUUGCUGAGUGUGUUCCAAGUUUUAAUUUGUGCAAUCACGUUAACAUUGCAAAACAGCAAGGCGAGUCAACCCACGUGGACUUUUAACUUUCACAGCUUUUGUAUUGAAAGCUCUGAGCAGGAGUGCGGUCACAUUUUCUCCUUACCUUGACGCAGACCGGGGGUCUGUCAGCUGCAGAGAAAUGGAGUGUAAAUGUGACCCUGAUGAUGCAGUCUGGUGGCUGAACACCAACAGCACCCAGAUGGGAGCUUUCACCGUGGUGGGAUAUCUCCUCUACAGAUUCUCACAGACCCUCCCUGUUCUGAUCCGAUGGCCGAUUCGUCUCUUCUGCUCUUUAACUGGUUUGUCAGCUCUUUGGGGCUGGGUGAGCCAUCUAGUGGGAACCCUCCGUGGAAUCCAGAGCCUGUGCAAAUGGCUGUCUCAAAUUUGGCGGUUUAUCGUAGGAUUUAUUUCAAAGUGCAAAUGGUUGGUUGCUGCCAUCAAAGCCAUCACAGGAUCAACCAGUGACGGACCUUUGGAGACAGAUCAGAGCAGCAGCAGCGGUCCAAUGAAACCUGGCCUGAGAUUGAUCCUCCUGGGGCCCGCCGGUGGAGGACGGACCUCCCUGGCAGACACUUUGUUGGGCUGCAUUGCAGCGCCAACUGUGGAACCCCUGAUGGAGAGUACCAGGAGAAGUACAGUAGUGAACAGUAGAGAGGUUGCAGUGAUUGACACCCCAGAUCUUUUGGGGACAUCGCUGGGAGACGAUAAGAGAGCUAAAGAAGCUCUGAGGAGCCUUCAGCUUGCUGGUCCCGGACCAAACGCCUUCCUGCUGGUGAUCCGGGCGCCAGGCUGCAGCAUGGAGAUUGACCAGGAUGCCGCUCAGGCAAUCCGAGCCACCCUGGAACUGUUUGGAGAUGGAGUCUUGGGAUAUAUCAUCCCUGUGCUCACACAUGCAGACCGUCUGGGUCAAAGGCAUACUGUAGAGAAACUGCUGGAUGUUGACGCUGGGGGUCUGAAAAAGGCUGUGUCUCUAUGCGGCCAGAGGCCUGAGGUGGUGGACAGCAGGUCAGAUCGGCCCCCAGAGGUGCAGAGCGUGAUCCGCAGGGAGCUGGUGGGACGUGUGGUGGAGAUGAAGGAACUGAUGGGGCAUUUCGUCCACGAGCUGCAGAAAAGGGAGGACUGCGUCAGGGAGGAGCUGCUGGCUGACAUGGCCUCUGCACUGGCUGGAAAACUGGGACAUAUGUAAAUAAGAGAGGGACAAGAAACAGUGAUGUUGGUGAUUGCUCAACUGGGGAACAAAGCUUUGUCCCCAAUUAGAAAAAAAUGCUGAUUUUUAGGUCAGUGGUUAAGGUUAGGGGUUAAGAUAAGUCUCCAGGAAAUGAAUUUAAGUCUAUGUAAUGUCCCCAAAGGUGACCACGGUCAACUUGUGAGUGUGUAUGUGUGUGUGUGUGUGUGUGUGUUUGGGUGAAAGAACUGCUGGAUCAGUGAAAAAAGAAGGAAACAGGAUUCAUUCAAGUGUUAAACAUGCAAUUUUGAGUUUAAGUGCAAGGGUGCUUCUCUGCCUGAGGUAUUUUUGUCACUCUGCUCGGUUCCCACUGUCCAAUGAAUUUUCUACUGCUGUCCACAUCUUGGUUUUCAACAUGCCACAGAUGCUUUUGGUUAGAUAUCAUGGUCACACACACUUAAUUAUCCUAUUUUGAAGUGUUGUAAUUCUCUGACCUCUGUGUAUUCUUUUGUAUUGGUCUGUGCCUGCUCCAGUGUUCAGCCCUCCCCACUUCUUCUUUUUCAUAAUUAAUUUAACCCAUAUCAAACUUUAAAGAGGAUCAGGGGAAAUGAACUGAAGUCAUAUUGGGACUAAGGUUAAGCAAUAAACGAAAUCUAUGUUUGUAUUGUGUGUAAAAAGAAUCUGAAACAGCAUUUAAGCUAAUUAUUUACCAAUUGUAAAAUAAAAUCUAUUUUUAAUUCGCUAACUUUUAAUUUGCAAAGUUGUGGUAACUCGCAUUUUGAAGUAGACAAAUCUUAAUGGCGUGGAGUAGACAGGCCAUGUGAUUAACGAGAGACCGUUUUACAACCAGUUCAGACCUUCAAUAGAACUGUGAGGUUUUUUGAGGGCAUGAUGAUCUAUACAUUUCAGCACAGGAUAAAGUAACAUCUACUAGUCUGACGUUGUGAAGCUAAGCCUGACCUCUGACCUCUGACCUGGGAAAGAGAGAAACUGGAACUAAAGAAAACCAUCACCCCAAAAUUGAAAUGCAGUCAUAUAAGCUUAUCUGGGAGUGUUCAUGGACCCUCCAGGAGGAGCUGGAGGACAUUGUUUGCACUACUCUGCUCGCUCUUUUGCCACGGAUGGAAAAGUGGAUGGGCGGAUGGAUGAAAGGAGUCUUUGUAAUUACACACUAAGAGUUUCAACCCUUAAACAAAUGACUGUUUACAUCUCAAAAAUCAUUUGAAAUCUUGAGUAUAAUAAGAGAUUCGUGGACCCACAAAUGUAAAAUCUAAUAUUUACCUCAUUAUCUUCAAGAGUUUCCACUGUCACUGUUGGAUAGCC